AUGGACCUGUCAGUUAAGCUAUCAGAAAUCGAAAAUGAGCCAGAGGAAGCUGCUCAGAAAUCCUUUCCCUAUCGAGAAGCAGUGGGUUGUCUAAAUUACAUCGCAACGAUAUCAAGACCAGAUAUCUCAUUCACAGUGAAUGCACUUGCUCGACAGUCAAACAAUCCGACAGAACAGCAUUGGAGAGCGGUCAAAAAGGUUAUGAGAUAUCUGAAAGGAACACUGAAUUUUUCACUUGUCUACAAAGGAAAUGAUCAAGGACAAUUUCACGGAUACAGUGAUUCAGAUUAUGCCGGAGAUUUGUCCGAAAGAAAAUCUACAUCUGGAUACGUGUUUGUGUUUCAAGACGGGCCAAUAGCGUGGUCAUCAAUUUUGCAGAGAAUUACUGCCUUGUCAUCAUCUGAGGCAGAAUAG